UCUGGAGUUGGUCCACUAGCUGCACUUGGAGCUCAGUGCCUACCUUUGGCAUGCUGUAAGUUCCAGUCAUCAACCUAUAUAAAAAUCCGAAAAAACCUCGAUGCUUGCACCAACGGGAUUCCCUGCCCAAUCAAGACUGGUCGCCAAUACCUUGACAUCAUGAACGAUUUCUCACCUUACAGUGCAAUCAUUAACUUGCUGAAGGACGACGCUCCCUAUCAAAUGCAAGUGAUUCUCCACGACGACACCAGCAAAGCCGAUGUCGGUUGCAUCACAUAUCAAGCUAGGGCAAGGCUUCAAUAGAU